UUCAAAUGACUAGAAAAGAAAUCAUAGCCACAUUCAGAUCGUCCACUUAAUGGGUCUUCAUAUUUUGUUGGGUCAGCAGUGCAUUAGAGGAAACUUUCCUUACGUAACGACUUUCUUACCUCACAGAAGUACUUAGCGACACCAACAGCUUAAUGGAUCAAAUGGGAGUGGGAGGGAGUGAGUGAGGAAAUUAAGUUUAAAAAAAGAAUGUGAAUGCUUUGAGAUUUUGCUAGUUUCUGGGUCAAAUCAGAAUAAAACUGUUAAUCUAGAAAGAUUGAGUAACACUUUAAGCCUUGAAUGUGGAGAAGCCUAGCACUCUGGCCUAGGCUGGCCACAGAUGGACAGCACGGAGGAUACUGAGGAUAUCCAUGCAUCCAUUCUCAGGGGUCCCAUUUCUGGGCAUGUCUGGGAAACAAGCAAAUCAAUCAGUGUCAAUUAGAGCUUUGUUCAAAGUAAACCACAUCCUGGAUGUCAGACGUUCAUUCUGCACUCAACAGCAGGCAAUGCAAUUACGCUGCAAAACCUCUGAAGGGCUAGGGGUCUGAGAGGAUGAAGUGGUGCAUAUAAAAGGCUCUUACUGUCUUUUAUCUAUCCUCUCUCAGGUACCCUCCUGAGCAGAGACUUUCACUGAGCAUGAGAGAGGGUAGCCACACUGGAAGCCCUCUGUUUCAUGUUGUGAGCCUGUCCCUGUCAGACACCACUGUUUGGGAUGCCAUUCUACAUAAGUACGCCGAUCUUCAAAGCCUCUUUCCUGCUCCCCUCUGCUGCUCAUGCUCUGAUUUUGAUACCUCUGCAAUGAGAUGGGAGCAGCAAGAGCCUUUAACAGUCAUUGAUUCCUGAAGUCUACAGUCUGUAUAGUCACUUCCUCUGCAGCUGGAAAAGGUGCGAAUGUUACCCUUUAACAGCCGAGUCUGAAUUAGAUUCUGAGACGUGGGAGAAUAAUCACACUUGACUUGCAGUGUGAGUUACCGAGGGAGAAUAUCAGCUCUGCACAGGGAGGAGAGGAUUAGCCACAGCCACUCAGCUCAUCUGCAUACAUGUUCCCAGAGAACCACAUGAGCACCCAAGGCUGCACCUCUUUUGUAUAAAAGCUGGCACUCCUAUCACAGAGUCUCCACUUCAUCUACUCUCACUGCUGUGAGGAGAUUCAAAAGGGACCACAGUUGUUGUUUAUUUUGUUUUUUUCUUUUGGACUCUUUUGAAUGAUCUAAAGACUUGUUUAUAUCAUUUAAAAAGGCCAUGUCUCUUUUUAAUUGGCAAAAUGAAAGUAGUAUUAUUUGACGUACAUCUUCUUUGAACAUCAAGGAGUUUAUUCCCAUUUUUUUUCCUGGGGUUGUUUUUUUUUUCAUCCAUUUUUUUGCUCCAGAAUGCCAUCUAGAGAGUCCUAUGAGGUUUGCCAGGAAGAGAAGCCUCUGGUGCAAAAGGCCAAGCGUGAGGCCAAUCAGGAGGAUAUUCUGGCCGCAGCCCUGGGGAUGAGGAUGGGGCCACAAAAACCUUCAGCCACUUUUUGGCAGCCACUUAAACUGUUCGCCUAUUCGCAGCUCACCUCACUGGUUCGCAGAGCUUCACUGAAGGAGAGCGACUGGCCCUCCAGAUCUGAGAAAGCCCACAAUUUCAAGGUCCAUACCUUUCGGGGACCUCACUGGUGUGAGCACUGUGCCAGCUUCAUGUGGGGACUGAUGGCUCAGGGGGUCAAAUGUGCAGAUUGUGGUUUGAACACCCACAAGCAGUGCUCAUCUCUGGUACCAAACAACUGCAAACCCGACCUGAGACACAUCCGGAAAGUUUACAGCUGUGACCUCAGCACGCUAGUUAAAGCUUGCAAUACAGCCCGACCCAUGGUGGUGGACAUGUGCAUAAGAGAGAUCGAGUCCAGAGGACUGAAGUCAGAAGGCCUCUACAGAAUAUCUGGAUUCAGCGAUUCAGUGGAAGAGGUCAAGUCCAGGUUUGACAAAGAUGGCGAGAAGACAGACAUCUCAGUGAAUGCCUAUGAAGACAUCAAUAUCAUCACGGGUGCAUUGAAACUGUACCUCAGGGAUUUGCCUGUUCCUGUCAUCUCAUUCGACGCUUACCCCAGGUUCAUCGAGGCUGCAAAGCUCACAGACGCAGAGAAGAAGCUGGAAGCUUUCCGUGAGGCUCUUGCUCUCCUACCACCACCGCACGCUGAAACUCUAAAGUACCUCAUGGCUCACUUAAAAAGGGUGACACAGAAUGAGAAAUUCAACUUGAUGAACGCAGAAAACCUUGCCAUCAUUUUCGGGCCCACCCUCAUGCGUGCACCCAACACGGACGCCAUAACAGCGCUGAAUGACAUCCGCUAUCAGAGACAGGUGGUGGAGGUGCUCAUUAAAAAAGAGGAUGUACUCUUCUAAACAAAAAGUAGGACUUUUAUAGAACAGCCCUCUAAUCAUUUUUUGUGUAAAGACUUGAAUGACUUUUUUUAUUACACUGAUUGAUGCUUUUUUUUUUAAAUGCCUUGUGUAUGGACUAGUGCUAACCUAACAUCUGUCCUCCCCUGUACUGGGUGUGGAUGAUGAACCUUACACUUGUACGUACCUUUUGUCUCCCCAUUUUUGUCGGGGUUUUUUUUUGAAAAGCUGACAGACCAGCAUGCAUGGUGCAAGGUCUUUGUUUGCUUUGUAGUCGUAACCCAGCAUGUGUUAAGAUGUGUAGCGCUGUGAUUUCUGCUUUUGUCUGUAACACAGUAGAUUUUGUCCACAUUCCCAGCUGCUUGCUGUGCAGCUAUUUCUGUGAAACUUUAUAUAGUUGGAUGUAAAAAAAAAAAUUAAAAAUAAGCUACUAAUUUUACUGGGGUAAUUUUUAUGAUGCUGUAUUUUUUUAUCUCCUCGAAUGUUUCUACGUCACCUGCAGUUCUUCUUUGAAUAAGUCUUUCUUCUUAAUGUGUACACACUGCUGGAUUUUCCUGACCUUAACAUUUUUGUUGUGUUAGAAGCAGCAUUAUUUGUGAAUUUGAUUCUUUUUUCUUUUUUUUUUACUGUAAUGUUUUUUGUACAAAACUUGUGCAUGGUCACUUUAAUUUAUUAAACCUUACUCUGAUAAA